UUCAGCACACGGUAGUUCCUUCCUCGUUUUUCCAAACGUUAUUGCGCGGUGAUUUAAUGAAGAAAUAAGCAUUUAUGACUUGAGAACACUUCAGGAAUCUCAUAAGAUAAGUAGACGGCAUUUAAGGGGCAAGUGGUUUCUGGUAUCCCCCAGUUACAGACAGAAGAGGGCGGUGUGUGAGUGUCCUGCGUACACCCAGACAUAUCAGUGUCAGGGGAGCUCCGAAAAAACGACGCCGUCGACUUGGCAGUGUGGAGGAGACGGAGAUGGACUGAAUGAGAACAGCGACGGUCGGACAUGCAUGUAAGCUGGGGCUGGGAUCUCUGAUGGAGAGGAAGAAGAAUGUGACAUGCAGGAGAUGAGGCUGUCGUCCGUGGAUUUUCAAUAGCUGAUACUACCGUAAUAGGCAACAACUUAAUAAAAUCGAUUAGGUAGCUGGAGGAUACCGACUGCCAAUUUCAUGCAUUUUCACACUUUAUUGCUUGGAGUAAACUGAGUCUUAUCUAAGCCUGUGAGGGGAAACGGCUUGGCGAUAUGUCUGUUUUUCUGAUUUCCCUACUGUUGCAAAUGGGAUUUGUUGUCGGAUCAAAUUAUGGGUACGUGGAGUGGUCGGAUCAAGACAGUGACUCGGAAAUCCGAGGGAAGUAUCCCGUGCAAAGCACCCACGUUAGCAAGAAGGAUCCGCCGCAGCACCCGACUUAUUUCUCCAAGCCGGUGACUGAGCGCCCCGUCCUCGCCCACAAGAUCGAGGAGGACCUGCCCAGGGUCGUGACGGCGUUUCUCCACACCGGAGACUCGGCAACGCUAAAGCAAGCCCCAUGCUCCCGGAGAUACGAGCUGAGCAGCCUGCGCGGUGCAUCGCCCGUCACUCCCCAUCACUCCCUGCACGGUGUGCUCGAUACGGUGGCUCACGCCGCCAACUUCCUGAAUAUGAUCCUACAGGGGAACAGGUCGAGAGAGCACAGUCUCCGGCGAGACAUACACUGGUACCACGCGUUAGUCCAGAGUAUGCUGGAGGGCGAUCCAAAGAUCCACCGUGCCGUGGUGACAUUCAGCACAGAAUCGUCUUUACCCAGUCCCAAUAUCUUUCUCCAAGCCACUAGGAUGGAUAGUGAAAUAGUCCUCCAAGAUCUUUCAAAUACGUCCCACCAUUAUCUAAAAAACAAAACCUCCGAGUCGGAAUGGUUCAGUGAGUUCAGGGACAAAAAGAAGCCACAUUCGCAUAGGAGGGUUACGGGGAAAGAGGCGAACCCAUCAGCCGAAACGCACACGAGAGGGGACGGCUACAUCUUCGAUAAAACUCAGAUAAAGUGGUCGGCUCCCUUCCUCGAGUGCGAAAAUGGGAAUUUUAUUCCCCACUGGCUCCUGACUUUGUCCGCCGGCUUCUACGGCUUGAAGCCGAACUUGGCACCUGAGUUCAGGGGUGUCGUGCGUGUGGAUGUCAACCUGCAGGACGUGGACAUCGACCAGUGUUCCAGCACUGGGUGGUUCGGUGGGACCCACAGGUGCAACCUGACCACCAUGGAGUGCCAGCCGCUCCUGGGCCAUGGAUUCGUCUUGGACAAAUACCGUUGUCACUGCAGGAAUGGGUUCUACCAUCCUAGUAGGCUGCCUGCCAACGGUGAUGAAAGGAGAGAGAAGGCCCAGGGGGCCUCGACGAAGCCCCAGGCGGAGGGGACGUCCGAGGGGGUGCUGGAGGGGGCCGGUCGGUGCCUGCCCUGCCGCGAGGGCUGCACGCACUGCAAGGACGACACGCCGUGCCUGGUGCAGGAGGACAGCGCUCUGCGCCUGGCCGCCGUCUCCUUCCAGGGGCUCUGCAUGGGCGUCGCCAUCAUCAGCAUGCUACUAGUGUACCACUUCCGCCGCAGCAAGAGAAUCAAAGCUUCAGGUCUGGUUCUUCUGGAAGCCAUCCUUUCUGGAUCUCUGGUCCUCUACUUCCCGGUGAUGAUAUUGUACUUCCAGCCGAGCAUUUUCCUCUGCGUUCUCCUGAGAUGGGCUCGACUUCUGGGAUUUGCUACCGUUUACGGAACCGUGAUUCUCAAAUUGUACCGGGUUCUGAAGGUGUUCCUGUCUCGGACCGCCCAGAGGAUCCCCUACAUGACCAGCUGGAGGGUCCUUCGCUUGCUGGGGAUCAUCCUGCUCGUCGUGUGCUGGUUCCUGGUGGCCUGGACCCUGGCAGCCUUCCAGAACAUGGACCGGGGCCGGUCCCUGAUCGACAUGGGCCUGACGCCUGAUGGCCAGCAGUUCAGCCUGUGCCUGCUGGACCGCUGGGACUACAUGAUGGCAGUUGCUGAGCUGGUCUUCCUGCUGUGGGGUGUCUAUCUCUGCUAUGCCGUUCGGACCGUUCCCUCCGCAUUCCACGAGCCACGCUACAUGGCCGUAGCCAUCUACAACGAGCUCACCGUCUCUGGAAUAUUCCAUGUUAUCCGGUUUAUGUUGGCGCCGGGGCUGCACCCAGACUGGAUGCUGAUGCUUUUCUUCACUCACACACAGCUGACCGUGACCGUGACCCUGGGACUGCUACUUGUACCUAAGUUCCUGUUUGCAGGCGCCCACACGAGGGAUGACAUCGCCACAGAGGCCUACGAGGACGAGCUGGACAUGGGCCGGUCCGGGUCCUACCUCAACAGCAGCAUCACGUCGGCAUGGAGUGAGCACAGCCUGGAUCCCGAGGACAUCCGGGAGGAGCUGAAGAAGCUAUACGCUCAGCUUGAGAUCUACAAGAGGAAGAAGAUGCUGGCCAACAACCCACAUCUGCAGAAGAAGAGGAGCUCCAAGAAGGGAUUGGGUCGCUCCCUCAUGAGGCGCAUCACGGAGAUCCCGGAGACCAUGAGUCGGCAGUGCAGCCGGGACGAGAAAGACCCGGGGGAUCAUGGGAGUAACAGGAACAGCCUCUGUACGCUCAGACGAAACCCCUUUGACCCCUCCCACUCCAGCAAGUCCAAGGAAGACUCGCUGAAAAACAAAGUCUUCUCCCUUAAGAAGUCACAUAGUUACGACCACGUCCGAGACCAGAAUGACGAGCCAAACAGCUCUGCCAAUGACCAAAUGGAGGUUUCCACCAUGGAGAACUCACUGUUGGAUACACUGAUGGGCAAGACGCUGGGGAAGAAGUCCCCAGAGAAGGCCGAGGGUGAGUCUACAGAAUCGGUACCCCUGGUAUGUAAAUCUGCCAGUGCACAUAACCUGACACUGGACAAGAAGCCUGUGCAUCUCAGGACAUCCAUGCUUCAGAAAUCCCUGAGUGUCAUCACAAGUGCCAAGGAAAAAACUCUCGGGCUCACAGGAAAAACACAGACCACAGAGGAUGGCGGGAAGAAAGGCGUAAACAAGAACAAAGACAACAAGGUGUUGUCGGAGAUAAAUGGAUCAGCGGAGUGCUACCCCAAAAUGAUCAUCAGCCAGUCGGUGGAGUACCGUCAGACCGCCAAUAAGAUCGGCAUCAUGAAGCACCAGGUUAGUGGGAGCCAGCCGUCCAUUUGCUCUGAGUCGGGAAGGUCUAAGGAGCUGUAUGACCUUUCCGAAGUCUGCCCUUGGGAAGUGGAGGACCUUCCAACUCCCUCUGAAAACAAAGUACAGAAGCAUGUGUCCAUUGCUCCAGAUGAAACAACUACCAUCCAUGGGAGUGGAACCAAGGGGAAACUGCAUCAAAAGUUGAAAGUUGUGGAUCAGUCCCCCUCAAAUAGCAAACGUUCCAGCCAGAAGACAACAGAGAAGUCAGCGGCAACCUCCAGGGAGGAGGUUAUUGAGAGCCGUGGGCUGAGGAAGGGGAUGAAGCCUCUUGCUCCGCUUAGCCUCACUGGGAGUGCCCCUCAAAGUGCAGAUGUGUGCCCCUGGGACUUUGAAGAGCCACGGGCUAAAGCUGAGACCGCAAGAUCCCCAGAUAUAAUCAGGCGCAAGAAAAGUGUCACCCCAACAGAAGGAAAAGGAAAGACCCUCCAUUCAGAUCACUCCAAAUCCACUGGAAGCCUUUUGCAAUCAUCCACUAUGAGAGCAGACAUCUGCCCCUGGGAUUUUGACGGUCCUCCAUCCCCUGAUUCCGAAAAGGCUCCAAGUCCACCUCACGUCUCAAAGGGGAAGGACUCGCAUUCGAAAAGAAAAGGGACAUCUUCCUCCAAAACUUCAGAGAGGGACAAGGAGAAAUCAAAAGACAAGGAUGAUGAGAAACGCAGGUCCAAGAGCAAGGAUAAAGGUUCCUCCAGCAGAUCUACAGAGAAACGUCGCAUCAGCCAGUCGAAAGUGGGGGGAGGCUGCGUCUCGGAUGUGGAAUGCACCCGCGACUCACCAGUGUCCGAGAGGCGGAGGAGCUCCACAAAUGGGCAGACUUCUGCUAAGAGCAAGAGUGACUUUUGCCCAUGGGACUUCGAGGACACAUCCUAUAAUAAAGAAGAGGACCGCAGCCCUUCCACUGGGAAACAAAAUACUCUGCACUCUAAACCAGUGGCAGCAGAUGGCACCAAGGUGGUCAACGUGUGCCCAUGGGACUUUGAUGACACAAUGUCGGAGAAAAAUGCAUGACACUCAAAAGGAAGAGACUUCUCUGUAUUGAGUUCUCAAUGUACUUUUUCUAUACACAAUACCAAACCCUCUCAUUUUUAAUGAACUUAAGGUGAUGAAAAAAGAGGGGAUUUUGCACAUGUUGCCUUUUUCCAGUUUUGUCUUUGUUCUUUCCUCAAAUUUUUAUCAAAGAGAAAGGAGAAAAUUGUGUACCAAGAUGCAUUCCAAAUUCGUACUCCGUCUGUGCUGAAUUGUAACGAUGUAUUCUGAUAAUUAUGCAACUCAGUCACUUUAUAUGCGUGGUAGAAAAUCUUGACUCACCUAGUGCACAUUGUCAACGUUGGACUCUUCGCGGUGCAGCCAUCGCAUCUCUUGAGUUAAUGAAUUGUGGGAAACUCACAUUGCAAGCCACAUAUUGCAUCCUUUGGAUCAGUUGGACAAGAGAUUUUUGGUGCUGCAACCAAGACAGUGAUCAAGAGAGAUAUGACACAAAACCCAGAGUUUUCACCCAUCAUUGUGCAAUUCUGUUUCACAACCAAAUGUGUGACAGGAACAACGUGGAACACAAAUGCACAAUAAACUGGAAGCAACAUAAAAUUGUAUAUACUAAUACCUCUCAUUUGGAAAAAUAAAUCUGUUGAAGUAACUGUCAAAAUAUUCAAUGGAUUGUCUGCAGAUGUACGAGAUGGCUUGUGGCGGGUUAUUGCAGAUUACUGUUCCAUCACUCCAUUCCACUCAAAUCUUUCACCAUGAGACAAAAAGCUAAGUUUGACUGAAGGCCUCUCAACCAGGCUCUUUGUUCAUUGUUUCUUUAAGCAUGAUGUAGUGGUCUUUUAGGUCAUUUGUGUCUGAAGAGCACGUGCGUAGUAUGGAGAAGACGCAAGUGUCGUGAAUGAAUGUUAAGGAAAGAUCCUGUCAGAUUCGAUCCCUGCCGGGGUUGCUGUUGUACCUCCUUCUGGAGUUGCUGACUCUUGGUUCUCUGUGCGCUUAUUGGUUGGUUUAUUGGUUGCCCAGGUAGAGGGGGGUCCAGGGCCAUGGCUUUGACUUUCACCCCACCCCACUUGCAUGGAUUUUGCAUGUUCCCCCCAUGUUUCAAUCGCUUUAUCCUGGCUAUUCCAUUCUUUUUUCCACUGUCCAAAGAUAGGCGGUACAGAUGUUCCCAAAUGACCCUGUAUUGGCCUGAAAUCCCAUCCAUCGUCUACCCUCACCUCUUGCUGUGACCAUGCAUCAGAUAAGCUGUCAUGUAAGGUGCUUAAGUAUGAUCAGGGGCGCCGUGAAGGGGGGGGGGUGAUUAGGACGAUUCCCUGAGUGACAGGGGCCCUAAAAAAUUCAGAAGAUAAUUGGAUUGGUUUGAGGUGGGGGCCCAGUACAAAAUGUUUUUAUGGGGCCCGGAAUCCUUAGCGGCGCCCCUGAGGAUGAUUAACCCCUCGUGUUCAGAGUGGUUUAUCUGCAGUGUAAAAAAGAAUAUUUCAAUGUAACAAAACAACAACAAAAAAAAAGAACUUUCCUUCAAAAAGUAUCAUAGAACUAUUCAUGUCCAUGGAAUGUCGCAUUAAAAAUAUAAGAUGAAGCUUUAAAAAUAUUACAUAUAUUGUUGUAACUAAUGUAAUAUUUCUAUUUGAACCAAUACUGGUCCUCUAGUUGUGCUUUGAUGUUGCUUCGCAUUAGAAUAAAUUCUAUGGUCUUUGUUACAUUCUUCUGAAAAUGAAGCCGGUGCAUAACCGUCUGUGCUUGUUUUUUUAUUUCACAUAAAUAAUAUUGACAGAUGAUAUUUCAAACAUGGAACUUCUCCAGGUUUUAAUUUGUUUACUAGUUAAGAUUUUGCAGGAGAAUCAGAACAUUUGUUCAUUUAUUGAAAACACAGAACGGGGAUCUCGUACUAUACUGGGAUGGCUCAGUGGGCACCAUCAUCACCUCACAUCCUCAAGGCUUGAGGUUUUGAAUUCUGUCUCUGCUUCGUGGUUGCGUGCAGCUUACAUUUUGGGCAGGUUUCCUUCUACAGUCCACAGACAUGCACUUAGGCUAACUAGCAUCUCUUAGUUGCCUGUCAAGUGUGAGUAUAUUAUAUGUUCUUUGUUAUGGACUAGCAUCCUGUCCAGGGUGAUGACCUCACUUUGAUAAGCUCCAGCUUAUUGGAUGGAUGGAUGGAUGGAUGGAUGGAUGGAUGGCAUACUAGCCUAAUUAAUUUGCUGGCCUGUGUGCAGACAGAUGAACAGAUGUGCUGUGUUUUCACUGCCUAUUUCCAAGGUUCCGUUUUGAAAGUUAACACAGAGCAGCAGGACAUCAAACUUGUCUGGCGAAAGCGAUGACCUUCAAGGUCUCACGCCCCCUGCUGUCGCCUGAUGCUCCGUAGCUGUAUAGCACACGGGCGCUCUGAUUUGAAAGCACAUCACUGUACGUGACGUUAAUGAAAAUGGAAUUGCGCCGGCUCGAGGGCAUGGUGCACCGCGCCUUAACAUCGGUGACUCAAACCUGAUGUACGUCAUCAAGCAGCCAGCACACGUGUUCCAUCUUGGGUGGGGGGGGGGGACAUCUUUGAAUAGCGCCUGUGACACGUGGAUGCCAACUUCCACUGUAUCUGACUGCUUGGCCACGGAUUGCGCUGCCUAGAUUCGUUUCGCUCCGUGCGAUGCCAGCCUGAUUCCAGUCGGCCCCCGGCAACCGUAUCCCAUGGUUACCUUUGAGAGGGAGACAAUCAGUCACCUGCAUGCCGCCUCGCAGAGUUUACAACCCUGCAUGGCAUCACCUCAUUCUGACUCACGCUUAUCCCCCCAGCGCUGGCAGUAUACGGUAUGUAGGAGACCAGCAUAUCGGGAGUGUCACAUGCCGAGACCCUCUGCCGUGAUUGGCUGUAGACAGCCAAUGGGAAUCGAAAUGCAUGAAAAACCCACAGAGGGCAGGAACUGACCACGGGAGCUGGUCGUACGCUUCAAGCAGAUCUCGGAUGGUUUGGGGUCAACCUGAUGCCACUGCUCAUCACAUAGGAUGACGCUUUUAUGACGCUUUGAAUAUGCAGGUAAAGCUUAGGGUUGAUUUUACAGUCUGCGCAUGUCCCUAAAACACUAGCACUAUUGAAACCCAGAAACAAACAUGGAUUGCACUGGUAGAGCUAUAAGCAGAUACAGCCUGACUAGGGCCCACAAAGUCGGGUUGAGGGGGGGACACUGAGGCCCAAUGAGCCCUUCACAUGGAGGAUCGGGAGGCUAUUGAUCUAAUCGUUUAACUUAUAUAAGCAUAUUACUUGGCAUUACGAAAUGCUGGAAACGAAAUUAUAUAUACCAUUUACCUGUUUGGCAAAUCUGUUUCGCUCACAGUGUCCAGUUUGUUAAUUUCCCUUUUGUCUGAUAAGGCUCUAAAGGUCAUUUUGCAUAGCUCAAGAUUAUUUCACAAAGAUACAUCUGAAAUGGCACAUCUGUAAGAUUUAACCAUUAACGGUCAGAGGCCUUGUUUGCGUGCAUGGACAUGUGUCCAGAACUGAGAAGCCCCCAACCCCCCCCCCAAAAAGUCUUGCACUGGGGCCCAUUAUAAGAAGCUUAUGCCACUGCUGGAUUGGGCCACAUUUUAAGAUCUAUUUUUAACCCCCAAAAAACCAUUUGAACUGACACAAAGAUGCAAUCUCUGGUCUCUCACCGACUGUUAACUCGCAGAGCUGGCGUGGUUUCCGUGUUUCUUUGCGCUCUCCUUUUUGGACUCUGCUGCGGCGAUUUUCCGCUUUUAUUUCCAAUUUUCAGCUCCCACUGUGCCCAUCGACAUGGGCGAUGUCACACAAUGUUUGUAGCGGUUUCCGUUACCUUCUGCAUGGCAACAACUAGUAGGACUAAUGUAUCACUGCCCUUCUGGAACUUUGGUAUUUGGACUGUUAUAAAUUGUAUAGUGAAACUGUACCUUAAUGACGGUAUCUGAUGCUUGUUAUGAUAAUACUCUAUGACGGGCUACUGCAUCCACAUGGAAUUAUUUGGUAGAAUUGUGUUAUAUUGUGAUAGCAUGCAAAUUUAACACCUUCCAUGCAAUAAAUAUUUCUAUAAAACUGA